AUAUUGGUGUAUCCUUCGCAGCAUUUUUCCGCAGAUUGCAAAAACAUUAAAAACAAAGCUUACCAGUUACCAGUAUUGGACGUAACCUUCACGGCGAAGACAUUCGAGGAGAUAAAGAACAUGCCAAGAAGACGAACAAACCAAGAAGAAGAAGACCACUGUCGCUUAAAUCCCUGGAAAUCUUCAGUCUGAGUCGCGGAGAUUUCUAGAUUUCCAUGGAAGAGGUUAGACGAAUCGGAGACGAGCUCUCGUUCUCUCUCCUGACGGCGGAGAGCCUCCGUGCGGCGGCCGACGAGGCUGAGUCGUUCAAGGCGGAGUGCGGUGAAGUCGGAAAGCAGGUGGAUCGGCUUGCCCAGAUGCUCAGAACCCUUGCCCGUCUCGUCUCCGGUUCCGUACAGAUUUACGACCGACCGAUUCGCCGCGUCGUCGUCGAGGUUCGGAAGAAUCUGGAGCGAGCUUUGGCUCUGGUUCGAAAGUGCAAGCGGCACAGUAUAAUCCGGCGGGUUUGCUCUAUCACGAACGCCGCCGAUUUCCGCAAGGUGAUUAAUCUGCUGGAAUCUUCCAACGGCGAUGUGAAAUGGCUUCUCAGCGUGUUCGAUUCCGACGGAGACGGGAGUUUCGGCGGAGGAAUUAGCAUCUCUCUUCCUCCGAUCGCCACGAACGACCCGAUUCUCCCGUGGGUGUGGUCGUUGAUUGCGUCGAUUCAGAUGGGUCGGUUGCAGGACAAAAUCGACGCCGCGAACCAGCUUGGUUCGCUCGCGGGAGACAACGACAGGAACAAGAAGAUCAUCGUGGAUGAAGGCGGUGUUCCUCCGCUGCUGAAGCUACUGAAGGAGAGCUCGUCGGCGGAUGCGCAGAUAGCGGCGGCAACGACGUUGGGGUUUUUGGCUUCAGACCAGGAUAAGGUAACGGCCAUUGUUAACGAGCUCGGUGUUCCCAUCAUAGUUCAAGUUCUGGGUGAUUCUCCGAUUAGGGUCCAGAUAAAGGUGGCUAAUUUAGUGGCAAGAAUGGCAGAGCAUGAUGCUGUAGCUCAGGACGAGUUUGCCCGGCAAAGCGUGAUUAAGCCUUUGGUCACACUGCUUUCACUGGACGUGUUUCUUGAUGAUAUGCAAUCGAGUAAGCACAACAGCAUUCCCUCUCUUGUGCAGAUGAACAAAGAAAUCGGGAGAGAUCAAUCACAUAAGAGUUACAAGUCAUAUACGAGCUCAUUAAGUCUAUACCGUGAUACUGGUGGCGGAACUGGUAGUAGAACCGGGCCUUAUCACAAGAAGGAGAGGGAGAAUGAGAAUCCUGAGUUGAAACAUGAGCUUAAGGUUAGUUGUGCCGAAGCUCUAUGGAUGCUUGCUAGGGGGAAUGUUGCGAAUAGUCGGAGAAUAACCGAGACAAAAGGGUUACUUUCUUUGGCAAAGUUAGUGGAGAAGGAAGUUGGAGACUUGCAAUACAAUUGCAUGAUGGCUCUUACGGAAAUAACAGCUUCUGCAGAAUUGAAUGCAGACCUUAGACGUGCUGCUUUCAAAACCAAUUCCCCGGCUGCAAAGGCUGUUGUCGACCAGAUGCUACGGAUACUCAAAGAAGUGGAUAGCCCCACACUGCAAAUCCCUGCAAUUAGAUCAAUCGGGUCAUUGGCUCGGACAUUCCCUGCAAGGGAGACGAGAAUAAUCGGGCCUUUGGUCAUGAAACUUGGUAGUGCCAAUCAGGAAGUGGCCAUGGAAGCUGUGGUUUCGCUUCAGAAAUUUGCCUCUCCCGAGAACUUUCUCUGCGCUGAGCACUCGAAAACUAUAAUCGAGUUCGGGGCAAUCCCAUCGGCGAUGAAAUUGAUAAGGAACAGCGAUCAGAAAGUUCAGCUACAAUGCCUGAUUCUGCUCUGCUAUCUUGCCCUGAAUGCUAGCAACCAUGAUUGCCUUGAGCAAGCCAAGGUUUUGACUGCAGCGCUCGAAGGGGCUGAUCGAGUGGUGGGUUUCCAGAAUGUCGAGUUCAAAGAACUUGUGUCCAAAGCAAUAUACCAGCUUAGUCUCUACAAUGGCGGAUCACACAGCCAAAUGCUUGCAUAUGUGUAAUCUCUCAUGGGAAUGUAGUGUUUUAAUCUGGCUGGUGGGGUUUGUGAUCAAUACAGGUGACCGUAACCGUGUAUACAUUUUCAGAAUUGGCGUGUAAAUCGGAAAACAUUGGAUGGAAAGCUUGGAUUGUGUUCUUUGUUCU